AUGGUAUUACAUAUAAUUUUUUUAUUUGGAAACUGUAGUUCAUACUAUUCUUGGUUUUAUUUAUGGAAUUAGCUAUUAUUAAUAUUUGUACAAAUAUUAAGCAUAUUAAUUAUUUAAUAAAAUUAAAAUAUGUUAAUUUAUUAUAUUUUUCAAUUGAAUUUAAUUUAUUAUUACAAAUAAUUUGUUUACCUUUAUUUAUUUUAAAUAAUAAAUAUAUACUUUAUUAUAAUAAAAAAUUAAUAAAUAUUUAUAUUUAUUUUAUUAUGUUUAUUAUUAUUAUUUUUAUAUAAAAGAUAUUUUAUUAAAAACUAUUUAAUAAUUUCUUUAUAGUAAAAAAAAAAGAUUUAUUUUAAUAAUUUAAUAUAUAUUAUAUUAUAUUAAAUUAAAUUAUAUUAAUAAUUUGAAAAAAAUGGGAUUAUUAAUUAUAGUGGUUAUAGUUUUACUUUUUCGUUAUAUUUAUAAUUGGUUUACAAAAUCUUUUACUAAGAUAAACUUUUUAAAUAAAACUAUAUGGAUAAUGGAUAUAUCUUCGAAUUUAGGAAUUUAACUUUUUAAAGAGUUUUAAAAAACAAAUGCAAAUUUAAUAUUAUCGUCACAAAACUUAGAAGAAGUAAAAAUAUUUAAAAUAAAAGUCAUAAAUAAAUUAUAAAAAAUAGUUAAAUAAAUAUAAAGUUUUAAGUGAAAAUUCUGAUAAAAUAACAAUAUUACCUUUAAAUUUGUCCGAACCAAAAAAAAUAAUUGAAUAAACAAAAAACUUUAUUCAAGAAUUAGAAAAGAAAAAUAAGAAAAUAGACAUUGUAAUCUAAAAUUCCGAAAAGCAAAUUAAUUAAAGCUUCUAAAGCAUGACUUUAUAAAACCAUGAAGAAAUAACGAAUUGGAAUUAUCAUACUCCUGUUGCUCAUACCAAAUCUGUUUUACCUCAUUUUAUAAAAAAUAAAUCAGGUUAAUUUGUUAUAAUAAAUAAUGUCUUUGGGUAAGUUUCUCCUGGAAAUUUUUCAAGUUUUGUAGGAUCUAAGCAUGGUUUAACUGGAUUUUUCGAUAGCUUGAGAGCAGAAGUUAAAGAUAAUAAUAUUAAAGUAACACAGAUAAUUAAUGGAUAAUUAGAACUGAAUUCUUAAGAAAAUAAUAAUUAAAAUAAUGAAAGCUACAAUGGUUUAAUUUAAAAAUGUCUUUUAAGUAUUUAUAGAGAAGAAAAAGAAAGAAUUGUUUCUAAUGAUUGGAAACAUGAAGUACUUAUUUUAAUGCGAAAUAUUACACCUGGUUUAAUUUAUAAAUACUUUAAUUAACAAUACAGACAAUUAUAAGGAUAA